AUGACCAUGUCGACGAACCGAGCUGGUUGCAACGACGCGGAUUUGCCCAAUGUGGGGGAUGAUGAAAGCAUUAGAAAGAGAAGCAUAAGGUCUUCUUUAAAGAGAAGAGUCUGUAUUCAAUGCGGUGGAGAUAUUGAAGGAGGCGGCGUGCCGUGUGUGUGCCACCACUACAAGCCCGUCAAGUUCGAGUCUGGUGCGUGGUUCCUUCGUCAAAUACAACGAGCGCUCACUCUUAUGCCGUGGUCCAUCAGCACUGAUAAGCUGGAGCAGAUAGAAGAGGAAUGCGAGACGAAUCCUGGACCGAGCGAUGUCUCGCGCGGCGAGCUGCACAGCAUCAGAGAAUUCCUGGAGUUGCUCUCAGCCAAACUGGCCGGCGGUCCGCUGGAAGGGACCAAAGUCGGCCCUCUGUACGACCAUCCCGCAUAUACGAACAUGUUCGAGCGACACCACAGCACGCUGCGAGACGCUCUCGCCGCCCUGUCGACCGCGCUACAAGACGCGCUCACAUGUAAGACAUGGUUGGACAGGGUGGAACAGGGUAGCAUGCUAGCUAGGUAG